AUGGGUGUAGCACACAACUUUGACGACGCUGUGAUUUUCGAUGACUUAAUCAAUGAUGAAGUGAUCCCAAACAACUCGCCCGCUGGCUCUACUGAAGAUCAAAGGCACUUUAUUGAGGAAAUAAAACCAUUGCUUGACGCCAAUCAAUCCAUCUCUAAACACAGCUUUUGCACUGUCCCAGAAUCCGUCAUCUAUCUAAACGCAGUUAAGGGAGAAUACGUAAACAUCCCACAGUAUCCCAUUCCUUAUAAACUGAGACCUAAGAUACAAGAACAAAUCCAAACUUGGUUAGCUAACGGUACCAUUGAAAAAGCACCCGUAAACACCAAGCGGAACUCACCUUUAACACUUGCUGCCAAAAAGGAUAACCAAGGCAAUAAGUCGGAUACCAACAAGCGUGUGUGUCUGGAUACUCGCUCCCUCAACAACAUCCUCCUGGAUGACGAUGUACAAAGCCUACCACACAUAUUUGACAUAUUCUACAAAUUAGCUGGCUGUUCUGUAUUCACUACAUUUGAUGCUUUCUCGGCUUUCCAUAGAUUUGAAAUAUUUGGGCCAGACAGAGUCAAGACUUCAUGGACUUCACUGAUUGACGGAAUUCAAUACUGUUUCAAAAGCUCGCCGUAG